UUCUGAGAGUGGUUGGUAGAACCGCUGGUUCAGCCAAUGGCUGAGUCCCACAGUUAGAACCAGGAGGGUAUAAAGCCAGGGUGGCAGAGCCAUCCUCUAUGACAGAUCUACGGGGAAGCUCAGAACAUAUAAGAGGAUUGAUUUAAAAAAUAUCAGACGAACCAACCCAAGUCUGUAAUCUUCAAACUCUGACCAAACCUCUACCUGCCUACAUCAACAGUUUCUAGGUCCUGACGAGAAGACCGAAGCACCCCAGUAUUUCUAUACUAGAGUGAUAGACCUGCAAGUCAGAACAUCUGAGGAGCCCACAUUUAGAGCCUGUCUAAUGGAGAACAGUGCCUAUGACAGGUCUUGUGACGAGCCGCCCAACUACGAGGAGACAUCUUUCUCCGAUGGCACUGUUGCUAAGGGUAAUGGUACCGGUAAUGGCUAUGAUAUUGGAGAGCACCGGGCCAUCCGACACUCUGUGGUUAGUGCAUUUGGCCAUGAUACGCUGGAUCGUGUGCCCAACAUUGACUUCUACCGCAACGCUGGGAGUGUGAGUGGUAACCGUGCAGUGCGACCAUCCCUGCAUGAACUCCACCAUGUCUUCAAGCAGAAUGGAGAGAUCUCUGUGCCCAACAUGGCGGAAGAUGGAGAUAGCAGCCACUGGGCACUGCCAGGUGACCUGGAGUCUGUCCUGCCUCAGGACAACAACGUUUUUGUGAGGUUUGGCUGGAUAAAGGGGGUCCUGGUGAGAUGUAUGUUGAACAUCUGGGGUGUAAUGCUGUUUAUCCGUCUGUCCUGGGUGUUUGGACAGGCUGGCUGGGGUCUGGGCAUUGUGGUCAUUGUCCUGAGUUGUGUGGUGACCACCACCACUGGUCUAUCCAUGUCGGCCAUCUGCACCAACGGAGUCGUGCGAGGAGGAGGGGCUUAUUACCUAAUAUCCCGAAGUUUGGGACCAGAGUUUGGCGGUUCCAUUGGUCUCAUCUUUGCCUUUGCUAACGCUGUGGCUGUAGCAAUGUACGUGGUGGGCUUCGCAGAGACCGUGUUCGAUUUACUUAAGGAGAACAAUGCUAUCAUAUUAGAUCAAACGAAUGAUAUCAGGAUCAUUGGCUGUAUCACUGUGGUUCUGCUGCUGGGGAUCUCAGUGGCUGGGAUGGAGUGGGAGGCCAAGGCUCAGAUCGUUCUGCUGAUCAUCCUCCUCGUGGCCAUCGUCAACGUUUUCGUAGGAACCGUCAUCCCAGCCACCCCCGAAAAGAGGUCAAAAGGAUUCUUCAACUAUGAUGCAAAAGUAUUUAUGGAGAACUUUACUCCGGACUUUCGUGAAGAGAAUUUUUUCUCUGUGUUUGCCAUCUUCUUCCCUGCUGCCACUGGUAUUCUAGCUGGAGCGAACAUCUCUGGAGAUCUAAAGGAUCCCCAGGCUGCUAUCCCCAAAGGAACCCUGCUCGCCAUCUUCAUCACUGGAAUUACAUACCUGGGGGUUGCCCUCUGUGUCUCUGCCACAGUGGUGCGUGAUGCUACAGGAAACAUCAACAACACCAUCGCUGCAGGGAUGAAUAUAGUGUGUAAUGGUAGCUAUGCUGCCGCUUGUGAGAACGGAUGGGACUUCUCCUCCUGUGCCGUCACCAAAUGCAGCUUUGGCUCUAUGAACAACUUCCAGGUAAUGACCAUGGUGUCAGGAUUCGGUCCUCUCAUUACAGCAGGGACCUUCUCUGCCACCCUGUCCUCCGCCCUUGCCUCCCUCGUCAGCGCUCCCAAAGUCUUCCAGGCUCUUUGUCAAGACAACAUUUACACAGCAUUGAAGUUCUUUGCCAAGGGACACGGCAAGAACAACGAGCCAAUCAGAGGCUACGUUCUCACCUUCAUCAUCGCUGUCGCCUUCAUUCUCAUUGCAAAUCUGAACGUCAUCGCGCCCAUCAUCUCCAACUUCUUCCUGGCGUCAUAUGCCCUCAUCAACUUCUCCUGCUUCCAUGCUUCAUAUGCCAAGUCCCCAGGGUGGAGGCCAGCUUACAAGUACUACAACAUGUGGCUGUCUCUGUUUGGAGCGGUGCUCUGCUGUGCCGUGAUGUUUGUCAUCAACUGGUGGGCCGCUCUCAUCACUUACGCAAUUGAAAUCUUCCUCUACGUCUACGUCACAGUCAAGAAGCCUAAUGUCAACUGGGGCUCGUCCACACAGGCUGUGACUUUUGUCAGUGCGGUCAACAAUGCUCUGACACUGACAGGCGUAGAGGACCACGUCAAGAAUUUCAGACCUCAGUGUUUAGUGCUGACAGGAGCACCAAAGAACAGACCAGCACUUCUAGACCUGGCUCAUUGCUUUACCAAAAACUAUGGACUCUGUCUCACAUGCGAAGUUUUUGUGGGCCAGAAAACAAGGACAGUGACUGACCUGAAUGCUGGAAUGGAGAAGAAUCAGAUGUGGCUGAAUAAGAAAAAGAGAAAAGCCUUCUAUUCUGCUGUGGUCUGUGAUAACUUCAGACAGGGAGCAGAGAGCCUGCUGCAGGUGUCAGGACUGGGCCGUCUGAGACCCAAUAUUCUGAUGAUGGGCUUCAAGAAGAACUGGAGGACAGUGGACUAUGCCGAUGUACAGAGCUACACAGGGGUACUGCACGAUGCAUUUGACUUUGAGUACGGGACCGUGUUGCUGAGGAUGACCCAGGGACUGGACGUUGCCCACAUCAUCAAGGCUCAGGAGGAGUUCGAGAGAGGAGUCCAGGAGCAGAAAGAUCUGGAGAAAGAGCAGCUGAAAGAGGAGAAUAAGGGGAAAUCUAUCUUCAGGAAGUCACGGAAAUCAUCUCAACAACACCUCACGCCCACAGUAUCAGUGAUGGCCCCCCAGUCCCGCCAGGCAGUGACGGUGAAUGACAGACUGAUGUCCAUCAACACUCAGUUCCAAAGGAAACAAGGCCAAGGAACCAUUGAUGUCUGGUGGCUGUUUGAUGACGGAGGUUUGACCCUACUGCUCCCCUACAUCUUGACCACCCGAAAGAAGUUCAAAGACUGCAAGAUGAGGAUCUUCAUCGCUGGCCAGCCGGGACGCACUGAGCAGGACAAAGAGGAGAUGAAGUCCCUCCUGGUGAAGUUCAGAAUCAAAUGUGCCGAGAUCCACGUCAUUGAUGAUUUCAACCAAAAACCCUCCUCAUACAACUGGAAGGUGUUUGAGGACAUGAUUGAGCCGUUCCGUCUCCACGAGGGGUCAAAGAGCACGACUAAUGCUGAGGCUCUGAGGAAAGAGAACACCUGGAAGAUCUCUGAUGCCGAGUUGGACACCUUCGAGGAAAAGACCAACCUCCAAGUCAGGCUGAAUGAACUGCUGCAGGAAAACUCCAGGGCUGCCAACCUUAUCGUAGUGAGUAUGCCCAUUGCCCGUCUAGGUUCGGUUUCUGACUACCUCUACAUGGCCUGGUUGGACAUCCUCACCAAGAACCUCCCUCCAACCAUUUUGAUUAGAGGCAACCACAAGAGUGUCCUCACCUUCUACUCAUAGACCAGCCCUUUCAGCAGUCACUAGAUGGCCUUGCCACAAGGAACAACAAUGACACAGUCCAUCAAAAAUGAUGAAUUAGUCACUAUUAGAUUAAAAGGAAUGGUUAUAGUUAGGGAUAAUGUUACGGGAAUGGUUAAAGGUUAGAAAGUGAUGCACUUCUGUCUUUUCUAGCGUGACCAAAUAUUGACAAAAGCAAUCAAGGACACGAACACAAAGGAUUCAUGGAUACACUGACACAAAAUGUCUCAAAUGAGUCCCAGUUACACUCGAAGUGCCUAUGCUUCCCCCACUGGAACGCCACAUCUGGUGCAUCAUUUUGGGUCUAUUCCCUGAAGGGGCUGGAAAACUGAUAUAAUGGUUAGGGUUAUAAUUGUUUUCGACAUUUAAAAAAAAUGUCUCCAAUUUCUGGAGAGCCAUGGCUCAAAAAUGGUUAGCCCUACAGAGGCCAAACUUUCGUGGGAUGGUGUAAAUUACAGCGAUUGAUCUGGGAUUAAAUAAAAGCAGGAACUGACUAAUCGCUCAUUAAACUAUGUUAAUCAAAAUGUAUGUUUUAAUAAGACUUGCCUAAAAAAGGAACCGGAACCCUGUUCUGGACCGUUCCGGCCCUAGUCAAGCACUGAGUUGGCGCCCAAAUUCAUACAGAUAAUUGACCCUGAGAACAAGUGGAAGGGUUACUAAACCAGGGCUGGCUAGUUGCUGCCCCCUGCUGGCUCUUCGUUUCAAUACGGCAUAAUUGUUCCUUUAGCUCAGAUGUCAAAGCAUAGCACUUUUA